CCCGCCGUGCUGCUGAGCCUGCGACGAUAGCACUGGAUGAAAAAAAUAAAUCUCAUUGCUUCUGCCAACGAACGAAUUUGGAAGGGGAAAAACAAGAGAAAGCUCUGGACACUGGACCGCCCCCUCUGUCUUCAUGAAGGAUACACAACAGAGUAGCCACAUGAAAGGAAAGAGCCUUAUUGUGUUCCUAUAAACACAGCCAAAUAGUGACAGAUCGAGGGAGCAACGAAGGGAGGAAACAGAUUUCUUGGAUCGGGUUUGGAUCACAGGGGUGUGCUGCCAGACAGACAUUGUUCUCCAUGUCACACAAGCUUCUUCAUUGUUCCACGGGUCAUUCGUUUGAGUUAGCUGGGGCUGAGGUCUAAGGAGAGAGUAUGAAGAUAAGCUGUGCCAGCCCGCAUUGCAGUCCAAGAAGAUACAACAUGGACCACCUGCUGCUUGCCACGAUGACCACAAAGCUGUGACUGGAAUUGUAAAGCCUUCACCCCAUUUUUCUUCACCUAUCCCUGGACCUUUUUCCUCUGUGAAACUCCUUCCUAGCGACCUGUGUUGCUUGCUUUUCUCCUGCAAACACAACCUCUUCUCCUAUUCUCCCCAGUUUUUUCUCUCUUUACAAACUUAAACAUCCCCUUUUUCUACUUGUUGUUCAUCAGCAUCAUGCAGGGUGUGUCGACCACCUCCACUCUCCUUCUUUGUAUUCUAUCCUCCCUCCUUAUCUUCUCUCUCCUUCCCAACAUGGUCAAUGGGGACUGCUGGCUCAUUGAGGGGGAUAAGGGCUAUGUGUGGCUGGCUAUCUGCAGUCAGAACCAGCCACCAUAUGAGACUAUCCCUCAGCACAUCAACAACACGGUCCAUGACUUGAGACUGAAUGAGAACAAGCUGAAAGCUGUGCAUUUCACCUCCAUGUACCGGUUUGCCAAUCUGACUGACCUCAACCUCACCAAGAAUGAAAUCAGCUAUAUUGAGGAUGGAGCUUUUGCAGGACAAGCCAACCUACAGGUACUUCAGCUUGGCUACAACAAACUGACAAACCUAACUGAAGGUAUGAUGCGAGGACUCGGCCGCAUGCAAUGCCUGUUCCUUCAACACAAUCUCAUUGAGGUUAUCGCAAACAAUGCAUUUUGGGAGUGCCCCAGCCUCAGCAGCAUUGACUUGUCAUCCAACAAACUUGCCCGUGUUGACCCAUCAACGUUUGCAGUCCUCAGUCGGUUAAUGGUGUGCGAACUAGCAGCGAAUCCAUUCCACUGUGGCUGUGAUCUUUACAGUUUCCUAACCUGGUUGGAAUCAUUUAACAAUGUCACACACACCUAUGAUCGUCUCCAGUGUGAAACACCACGAGAGAUGUUUGGUUACCCCUUACUGAGUCCCAUUGCUGCUGGCCAUGCUGGUCGGAAUGCCAAAAACAUUUUGUCCUCUCGCUGCCGUGAUGGAGUGAUGAUUACAGGAUUUACAUCUCUCCCACCAGAUCUAGAUGGUCCUUCUGGGAUGGGACCAGAAUUGUUUGGUGGUGUUGGACCCUACCAUGGGCCCACUCCCUCAACUUCGUCUACAGAGCGAAAUUAUGUUGCCAGUAUUAAGCUCCAUCAUGUCUCUUUGUCAUCAGCCUCUGUCCUUGUCCAGAUUCCACGGCCCUUCAGCAAAAUGUAUAUACUAACACAAUACAACAACUCAUUUGUGUCCGAUGUCAUGAAUUUGAAGAACAAGAAAGAGAUGAUCACCCUUAGCAAGCUCAAACCGCACACAAAUUACACCUUCUGCGUAGCAUCCAUCCGCAACUCCCAACGUUACAACCACACCUGUGUCUCGUUUGCUACUCGGGCACAAAAUGCUGAUGGCAUACCUCCUACACCUUCCACCACCACCCACUACAUCAUGACUAUUGUGGGCUGCCUUUUUGGUAUGCUCAUUGUUUUAGGGUUUGUCUAUUAUUGUCUACGUAAGAAGCGGAUGCAUGAUGAGAAAAAGAAGUCAAUUUGUGUCAAGAAAACUAUUCUAGAAAUGCGCUAUGGACCAGAGGUGGCAGCGGCUGUAGCAAAUGAUCCAUCAGCUGUCCACAAGCUACAGGAGCAGUCUAGAGAUCAUCACCAAUAUCAACAUCACCAUGGAGGCAAACUUCCAAUGUCCACAUCCUCCAGCUCGGGAAUGCUCCACUCAGCCAACACCAGCUCUUCCAGACUUUCGUGUAUUCCACAAGUGGAAAAGAUGGCCACAGCCUUUUCAGAGGCUAUGGGUACAAGUAAAGGAAACUAUAUGGAUGUCAGAACUGGAGGGUCAGGAAUAGUGGGGAUGGGGGAUGGUCUGCAUGGAGGGUUGAGGGGAGAUGAUUUGAGGGAUGAUGAUGGAACUGAUCUUGGGGAUGACUCAGAUGAUGAUGGACAUGGUUCUGCAUCAGAGAUCUCCACCAUCGCCAUGGAAGUAGACAAGGUGAACCAGAUCAUUAACAACUGCAUUGAUGCACUAAAACUAGAUGCAGCAGCAGUUGCUGCUUCAGGGGUCUCUACUAACCCCACAGCUUCUUCCAAUCCCACUUCCCCUCCCCCCACCAGCACAUCCUCCCUUACUCGUGGCCUAAUCCCACUCUCCCAAGGGUCAACAGAGACAUGUCAGGUCAGUGCCCCAAACAAAAUUCCACCCCCACCUCCGCUCCCUGCCCUAAAUACCCCUCUGUCUGAACGCCCAGGAAUCAGUGGUGGUGGCUUUGUUGUUUCCCCUCCCUACCGACCCCCUCCACCAGCCACAGCUGUACGUCCUAUUCAGCGUCAAAUGAGUGCAGAUGCAGCUGUGGUUAUCGUAAAUGCUGUCAAGAAACAGUGCAGCACCACCUCUUGUGGCUCCGUGGGUCGUGAAAGGGAACGUGGUGGAGCUAGGGUAUAUAGCCUGGAUGUUCCUGAGCCAAGGAGCCCAGAUGGCUGCAACCAACAACAGCAGCAGUACCCUGAUCGAGCCAGUCCUGUGGGCUGUGGGGAGCCCCUGGAGAGACUGCCUUUAGUUGGGAGUGGGAGUUGUGGAGGAGGGGGUGGUGGUGGUUGCGACAGUGGUGGUGUUGGUGCCCAACAUCAGGACAACCAGAGAUCACACCACUACCAUCAGCAGCAACAACAACAACAGCAGCAGCAGCUGGAAGUGCAGCAGGACUACCACUGCUCGGAGCACCGCCACUCCGUCCCAGCUCUCUAUUAUGAAGGCUCCCACCAGGGCUCCCCUGCCCAGAAAGUUUCCUUCCUAAAACCCCUCACACGCUCCCGCAGGGACGCAGCAUCUUACUCCCAGCUUUCACCUGCCCGCCACCAUUCCAGUUACUCUGGCUACUCCUCCAGCCCAGAGUAUUCCUCAGAAAGCUCACUGCGCAUUUGGGAGCGUUUUCGACCAUACCGCAAAGGCCAGCGUGAUGAGGCUUGUUAUGUUACAGCUGGAAAUGCCCUUCGCAAAAAGGUGCAGUUCGCCAAGGGUGAGGACCUGCAUGACAUCCUUGAUUACUGGAAGGGUGUGUCGGCACAGCAAAAGUUGUGACUGGGAGACCAGAAUUAAGCAUUUUAGAAAAAAGAGUUUAGAUGCUUCUUUUCUUGUCAAGGCUGGAGGCCAGAAAAAUGAUUUGAAGUACAUGACAAAAAAAAUGCAGGACAAAAGUUUGCCUUUGGGUUUAGUUGGCAUGCUUGGUGUAUAGAAUAUUGUGCUAAGAUCAAGGACUGUGAAACUGUGCCUGGAAUAUGAGAGUCAUUACAAUGUUUUAUUUUACACUUCAUUGUAGCACCAUUUCUAAAUCACAUCAAUUUAGUGUUUGUGGGUUUUAUUUAAAUCACAGGGAGCAAAAGCCAACUGUGUAGUUAGUACUCUUUGAGCGAUUUAUGUUUUGUGAUCUGACAGACUGUCUUUCUCAGUGCCAUGUUUUCAUCUAUGGGUAAUUUCAAGGGGGGAUUUGGAUACUUUAAGGUAGUGUGUAUGUGAUGCAAUAUGUUGUUUUCUAAUAUGUAUUGGGUGCUGUAUCUAUUUGCAGUGUGCACUUCAAUAUGUUUAGACUUCUAAGUAAAUGAAGACUAUGGUGGGGUGGGAUCUGUGCUCUGUUAGAAGUGAAAACUCCCCAAAUGGUGAACAGAAUUGUCAAAUGCAGGUACUAUUUCUCUUUCAUGUGGUCUUUCUUGUGAUUGAGUUAUUUGCAUUUCAAUAGUGUCAGUCACACAGAAAGUUUGGGGGCAAAUGGAGACGAAAUAACAUGAAAAUGAAGGGAAAAAAAGGUUCUGCUGUUUAUGGAACUCAUCACAGUGAUCAAGUCUAACCUUAGCUUGAAAGAGAGCUACAAUCUCACCCCACAUUCCUCAAUACACCAAUUCCUAAUAAUACGCUUGCUUCCUUUAAUUAGUGGUGUAAAGCAUGUCCCGUAAAUGUCCUUAGCAGCAUUUGCCUAAAUGGUGAAAAUGUAGUUUUCUUGAGUACAAUUUGAAGGACAACUGAGGCCAAUAAUAUUCACUUUAUGAAAAUAAUUAGAUGCCACUUACCAGAUAGUGUACAACAGGGAAACCAAGUGACAAAUGAGCUUUCACACUCACCUUUAAAAAGGCAAAUGGGAUGUGACCCACAUGUGACCAAGUAACCAGGAGAAAAUUAAAGAGACGGGGGAUAUAAAAGAAGAAAUAAAAGACAAAGCAAGGGAUUUUUUUUGCUACCACUGUGAAUGUAAGUAGAUUACAGGCAGGUUAAAGGGAAAUCUAGUCGUAUCAUUCACUGCGAGGGCGACGGUACAUUCCAAAUCCUUUCUCUAACCUGAAAAAUGAAUGAUGCACAGAGGUAAAGGACACUUACAAUUACUGCCAAUUUUUCCGUUCUGUUCUGGACAUUAGUAUUAUUGUUGUCUCUUGAUAAUUUAAUUUGCCAACGUGUCACAGGCAUGUUAGCUUGCACUUUAUGCCUCAUGAUUGUGUAUUUGGCCGUGUGGUGCACAGUGGUCAGUGGGUGUUGGCAUGCCUUGUCCGAUUUACUGCAUACGCCAAAUUGACUUUAAUUAAUAAUUGUCAAUAUAUUGCCCAGUGGUUGGUCGUCUGAAUCUAAAA